ACGUAGGCUCCGCCGAGGCCAGCCUCACGGCAGGGCCCAGCACCCCAGAAGUGCAGCCGGUUCUCUGGCCUGGACGCCGCAGCAGAGUCGUCCAUUCGGGGGUCCAGCACUCCCGCCUCCCUUUCCGGUCGGGGCCAGCAUUCCCAGCUCCUGGCCUGAGGCGCUUGAGAAGGAGCUGGGGGAGGAGAAAUGGGGCAAAGCCCGACGCCAACGGCAAACGAUCUUGCCGCCGUCGUCAGCCCUCGGGAAAUCAUUUUCAUCUCGUGGCGGGAAGAGAUCCCAGAAGCUGUGGGGCUGCACCUUUGGUAACUGGAAUCCCGGAUGCCUGCUCCAGCGUCACCGCCCUUGCCGGCUCCGGGAAGCCCUCCUUUCUGCCAGAGUGAGCAGUUGAGGCGAUUUCCUCCUUCCAGGUUUCCCUGCUAGACCUGCAGUGGUUCCAUUUUGUUUGAGGGCCUUCCUUGUACUGAGGUUUACAUUCAGGUCUCUGUCAGAGCUGAGUCCCUGUUAGCUCUCAUUGGUCUGCCGCCUCCUUCCCUGGAGUACAGGUUCCCUCUUCUCUCCCACUAAGAGGGUGCUCCUGGUCAAGAGCUGGUCGUCCUCUUCCAGUAGAAUGCCAUCCUUGGAAGCUAGAAGCUCCAGCUCACCAAAAACCAGUUGUGACACAAAGAAGCUUGACUCCCCUGCAGGAGCGAGAGGCUACCUGAAGAGAGCAAGCCCCUGGAGGAUGUGAGACAAUGAAGGAAGAGAGAGAGGAGUACAGCUAUCUUGAAGCCACCCCAGGUUGUUGCUCACGCCAAUCCUUCCAUGCUGUCUUCAAGCCCUACUUCCUGCACAUCUCCUAGCCCUGAUGGGGAGAACCCAAGUAAGAAGGUCCAGUGGACUUCUGGGAGGAGGAGGACGUCAUCCACGGACUCAGAGUCAAAGUCCCACCCCGACUUCUCCAAAGUACCCAGGUCCCGGAGACCCAGCCGGCUGACGGUGAAGUAUGACCGGGGGCAGCUCCAGCGCUGGCUGGAGAUGGAGCUGUGGGUGGACGCGCAGAUUCAGGAGCUCUUCCAGGGUCAACCAACUCCUCCUGAGCCUGAGAUUGACCUGGAAGCUCUCAUGGAACUAUCCACAGAGGAACAGAAGACUCACUUGGAGGUAGAAUGUGGGCCUGGGGUUGGGGAAUGGAAGCUGAGCUUAGAGAGGGAGGAGCCCAGGAACUCAGGUUUUGCCUCCUUGAGUGGCAUGGGGAGAACGAGUUCAGAGGAGAGGAUUCCUGGGAAGCUGAGUGGAGGCUUGUGGGAAAGUUCUGUGGCUCAGGGACUCACUCUUUGUUCUUUUCCACCAGGCUCUUCUCCAAAACUGCCCCCGCCCCACAGAGUCUUUUAUCUCUGAGCUGCUCAGUCAACUCAAGAAACUCCGGAGACUCAGUCGGCCUCAGAAAU